CAAAAACAAAAAGAGAAAACAAGAAAAAAAAAAUGACGAAACGUUUCAAACUAAAGAUAUCAAGAAUCCUCUCUUUCAAAUCUUGCCGUUCAAAAGAACCCUCCGAUCUCCCUUUCAAUCCUGUCCAUUCAAUCCACCGUCAUAAACCUCCUCCACCGGCUAAUCAUUCCACCGUCGUCACCACCGUGCCACAUCGUCGUCGUUCUUCUUUCAGACUACACGUUUUAACAGCUUUUGGCUGCGGCUCAAGACGGCGACGCUCCUCAACGCCGUUGGAUGUUUCUUUUAAGAACUCACCGUCGUUAUCGCCGCCGCAGACGCCGACGUUUCAGUGGGAAAGCGAAGGGAAGUGGCACGUGAUUGCUCAAGUCGACGAGGGAGAAUACGAAACGCCUCGUCGGAAAAUCUACGACGGAGAUGAUCGCCGACGUUCAGGUAAGAAGAAGGAGAGAAAUGCACGGCGGCGAGGAAGCGUUUCCUCGGCAGAAGAAUACGAAGAAGAGACGGAGAAAGAGAGUCUCUUAUUACCAUCUUCCACAAACCUCUCGCCGGAUUAUUCCUCGUCGGAGCUGCCACGUGUCACUCGACGACGGCGACACACUCCGAAGAGGAAAAACGCGUCUUCGGUGGUUAAGGAAGAAAGCGAGUCGUCGUCACCUCCGCCAUCUCCGGCGAGAUUGUCGACGUUUAUGCAGAGAUUUAUGCCGUGUGCGGCGGCUGCGGCGGUUGUGGUGGAAGGAGUGGCGGUGGUGAAGAGAUCGGAGGAUCCGUACGAAGAUUUCAAGGGUUCAAUGAUGGAGAUGAUAGUAGAGAAGAAUAUGUUUCAAGUGGCUGAGCUUGAGCAGCUUCUACGCUGUUUCCUAACGCUAAACGCGAAACGCCACCACCGUGCGAUUGUUAGAGCGUUUUCUGAGGUUUGGGUUGCUUUGUUCUCCGGUGGUAAUAAUGACGGUAGUCAAAGGUCAAGUGUUCGACUCUCAGAUUAUGAUGAGUGUUAAAAUAAUAAUAAUGUUUAGAUCCUCUGUUUAUGAUCAUGUCUAACUAAAUUUGAUUUUUAUUUUUUAAUGUAAGUGGUGUCGAUGUAAGUGUGAAUGUAAAUUAUUCGG